CAGUCACCAGUCUUGUUAUUGUUUGAUUUGUUCAUUCAUUAGUUUGUUGCUCUUCACUUGGAAAUUAUGCCGGACAUAGUAAUCAAUGAUGUUACGAUUAAUUUUCCAUAUGAGAAUCCGUACAAUGUCCAGCGACUUUAUAUGGACAAAAUUGUUGAAUGUCUUAAAGAAAGUAAAAAUGGUGUACUGGAAUCUCCAACGGGAACCGGAAAGACCCUCAGUCUGUUGUGUGCCUCAUUAGCAUGGCUAAAGCAAAUAAAAGACCAAGCGGAAAUACUUCAGACUUCGACAAAUUCUGAACCUCGGAAUGGACUAGAGGUCUCGAAUGAGCCUCGAGAUGAACUACCAAUUGGUGUUACCUCAGCACCAAUAAUACCAAAAAUUAUUUACGCCUCACGAACCCACACUCAAUUAACUCAAGUCAUAAAUGAGUUAAAAGGAACGAGCUACAAUUACAUGAAAGUGGGAGUGUUCGCUUCACGAGACCAGCUGUGCAUUCAUCCAGAAUUGGCAUCUGAAACUAAUGCAAUCAAGACUGAAAAGUGCAAAACAAAGAUAAAGAAGAAGCAAGAUACAAACUCGCAGUAUGAUCCCGAAACAAAUAGUCAGGGAUGUGAUUGUUCGUAUUACGAACGGUAUGAAUCUCUACGAAAGGAUGAAACAUUUCGUGCGGAACGUUUCUAUGAUAAAAUACUUGAUGUUGAGGACCUUCGAACUUCCGGUCUGGAUCAUCGUUUCUGUCCGUACUUUAUGUCGAAAACGUUGAUAGAUGAAGCGGAUAUAAUUUUCAUGCCGUACAAUUACCUAUUGGAUCCGAUGAUCCGAAACUUUAUUGGAGUGGAAUUAACCGAUGCUGUGAUAAUUCUAGACGAAGCGCAUAAUGUUCCACAGGUAUGCGAAGAUUCUGCUUCCAUUGAAUUCAAAUCUACGCAUAUUUCCGACGCUGUUGAAGAGGUUAAAAAGAUUGCUGAAUUUGCCACCGAUAACCUGACCAAUCGGGAGUUGAGACCUUCAAAUUUCAAUCUGUCCGAACUCAACGACUUGGAACAGAUUUUACUUCGUUUCGGUAGAGCGAUCGAUGAGAUUCCGUUUUCCCGAAACGACAAUGCGAUAGAAUCUGCGGAAUUUGAUGGUGACUACAUAUUCACUGUAAUGGAGAACGCCGAUAUUGCCUACCACACUUCGAGGAACAUUCUAAUGCUGAUUCAGAGUGCAUUGGAAUACGUUGCUGAUUGCAUUGAGCUUCUUCGUUCAAAGGAAGUUCGGAGCGAAAAUCGUUCAAAAGUUAUUCUUAACGCUCAGAGUCCCGGUUUGCGAAAGUUUAAAAACAUUCUCUGGACGACAUUUCCCGCUUGCGGGGACGAUUUUCGCGCAGACGUCAAAACACAUUAUCGAGUGUAUGCUACUUGGGAUCGAUCACCCGUAGUGCAUUCGAAUGGGCGAACCAAAGUCUUUAACUAUUGGUGCUUCAGUCCAAAGUUUGGCCUGCAAUAUUUACUUAAAAAGAAUGUUCGAAGCAUUAUUUUUACCAGCGGAACGAUGUCUCCGUUACAACCGUUUAUAACGUCGUUGGGCAUACCAAUUGAAGUACAACUUCAAAAUGGUCACAUCAUUGAUCCGAGCCAAGUUCUUGUCGAGAUCGUUUCGCACGGUCCAGACAGAAUAGAACUCUUAUCGACUUACUUGAAUAGGUCAAAAAGAAACUAUUUAAACUCGCUGGGAUGUACAAUCUUGAAAUUUUGUGGAAUCAUACCGAACGGACUGCUCAUUUUUUUCCCGACGUAUGAAAUCCUAAAAAUGUGCAAAACAAGUUGGCAGAACAUGGGCAUCUGGAGUCAGAUUGAACUGAUCAAGCCGAUUUUUGUCGAGCCCAAAUUUAAAGACGAAUUCACGCAUACGAUGCAGAAUUACUACAAACAAAUCAACAACGAAACAGCGAAUGGGGCAAUUUUUAUGGCUGUAUGUCGGGGCAAAGUAUCCGAAGGCCUAGAUUUUGCUGACAUAAACGGUAGAGCUGUUAUUAUAACCGGUCUACCACUUGCGCCGUGUUACGAUGCCAAAGUAGUACUGAAGAGAAAUUACAUGGAGAAAAACUACAUGGCAACAGGUGAGUCUCUAAGUGGCGAGCAAUGGUAUCAAAUGGAAGCGUCAAGAGCUGUCAACCAAGCUAUUGGACGAGUGAUUAGACACAGACAUGACUACGGAGCAAUAUUGUUAUGUGAUUCUCGGUUCGACAAAACCGUUCAAAAGAGGCGACUGUCUCAAUGGUUGCAGCGAUACGUUCGUAGUGAUAGUUCGAGACGAUCUUUCGAUGCCAUAACCAAUUCAAUAUCACAAUUUUUCCGAAACCAACGAUCGGAUCCGUUACCAGUUGAAGUUACUACCCAGACCGGGACCCAGUCAGAUAUCCUGGAAGCGAGGGCUUUCGACACUUCACCUUUGCAGAACAACAGAAUGCCUUCAGAGACAAAUGGCAACAGUCAAGUGAUUAAUCUACGAGGGACCUUUCCUGAACCUGAAAGUCCUAUAACAUCGUUUACCCGACAGAUUGCUUCUCUUCCAAUAUCGUCACCGUUGUCUGAAAAUACUCCAGUUACGUUGCGUCCGACUACAGCUGAUUCAAAUGGGACACCAACCAAACGAAAAUGCACAGUUAAUUUGAGCCAAUGGUUCAAUGAACAGCCUUAAUUCAGAGUUUUCAAUAUUUUUGUUUGUAUGUUACAUUCCACAUAUUUAAUUGUUACCACGCCGUUUAUGUGCCAUUGAAAUAUACAUUUUGUAAAUAACAUAAAAAACACUCC